CACUGCUGGGCUGCACUGGUGGGUGGCACUGGUGGGCAGCACUGGUGGGUGGGCACAGGUGGGUGGCACUGGUGGGCACAGGUGGGUGGGCACAGGUGGGUGGCACUGCUGGGCACAUGUAGGUGGCACUUCUGGGCACAGGUAGGUGACACUGCAGAGUGGCACAGGUGGGUGCACUGCUGGGUACAGGUGGGUGCACUGCUGGGCACAGGUGGGCGGAGCUAGUGGGCGCACUGCUGAGCACAGGUGGGCGGAACUUGCGGGUGGCACUGCUGGGCACCGAU